AUGUGCGAUAUCCUGGGAUUUGGUUUCCCAUUGCGGGGGGGCUACUGUAGUUCCUUCCAACGGCGCUGGAUUACCGAGUGUGUGGAUCUGUCGGUGUUGGGCUAG